AUGUCUUCAUAUCCGAGGAGUUCUACCCAGCAGUUCUCUCCACCAUUGCCCCCCGUUUUCCAGGAUACCAUUACUCGUGAAGAUUUUGACCGCUUCAUGUCUCAAGAAAGGCACGGAUAUGAAAGCUCUACACCAAACUUCACCAUUGAUGACUUAGCACGGUGUAUAUCUCAACCACUUCCUCAACACAACCAUGGCAGUCGUAGUAGUAGGGAUGAUGGACCAUCCAAUACAGAUGGUCUCGAGGCUGAAGAAUCGACUGUGGAGACAUUAUGUUCGGUGGACCAUAUCUUGCAAGCUCCUGGUCGCACUAACAUGCGGAGACUCCAUCCAGACUGCGUUGGAAAAGAUAUUUGGUUCAGACGUGAUAAGACGGGGAGGAUUGUAAAGCAGUUGUUGAAAAUGCUUAAAUCUGAUAUUCCUCACCCUUAUCCUACAUAUAAUAGUCUCCCAAUGGAGGUUAAGAAUUGGUGGUUUCAAGCAUUUGCGCAAGAGUUCAAUUGGGACCCAAGCAUUACCGAAAUGGUCAGAAAUGAUUACACAACGCAGGCCGUUGCAUCUUUCAAAUCAAACUUGUCUAUGUGGAAGAGAAAAAUCAAAGCAAAAGCACCUGAUGACUUACCAGAGUGGAUGAAAGCGAAGAAAACUCUCUUUGACGGUUACAGGAAAAUGUGGGGGACUGAGAAAGUGGCAAAGACAGCAGCCACAAACUCGAGAAACCGAAAAAGCCCGAGAGACGGUUUAGGCCAAUCAAUACACAACAACGGAGCUAAAACCACAGAACGUCUAUGGGAUGAAUUGAGGGACGAAGCUGGAGGGAACGAGCCUGAUAUGCUUAAACUCAUUGAACUCAUGCACACAAAUAAAAAGACAGGUGUAAAGGACAAGAAAGUGGUACAGAUUACUGAGACAGUUAGGUCUCAGGUAAACCAGAUUGCUUCUCAACGGCAGAGUCAAGGAGAAGGCCCCAUGACACAAGCGGAGUUUAAUGCUGUUGUUGUUAGAAUAAUCUCAGCAACCUAUGAUAAACAAGGUCGACAUGGGUUGAAGAGGUUAGUGGAUAACAUGCACAUGUCUUUUCCAUGCAACUCUAAUGCAGCCCAUGAAGAUCACGAGCAACUGCGAGAGGAGGUGAAGACGUUGAAGAAGAUUCAAAUUGAGAAAGAUAAUCAAAUCAAAUUUCUCUUAAAAUGCAACAAGUUAUUCCUUGAUAAGUUAGGCAUUUGUCCACCGUCUCCUUUGUCAUCUCCAAUGGAGGAGGAUGAAUCAGAGACUCAAGAAUAG